AUGAAUUCAUUUCAUUCUUUUGGAGAUGGAGAAGAAAUAUCAGGAAGAAUGAAAGUGAAUAAAAGAGCCCUGUUAGUUUCAGGAGAAUCGGAGGAUUUUAAAGGAUGUACUAAUGAUGUGAUAGAAUAUGCAAUACUCCUUUCAAAUAUAUAUCAGUUUAAAGAAAUUAGAAUUCUUUUAAGUGAGAUAUCCGAAAUGUUAUACGGGAAUUUUAUAUCUUUGGCAUUGAACAGGAUUAAUGGAGCAGUAGUACAAAUAGUAAGAUUAUCAAAAAAAUCUCUCAAAGAAGGAUUUCAAUGGUUAAUAUCUAUGGAAGAAAAUCCAGUGAACCAAAAUUAUUAUGCCGAAUUUUCUAAUAUAUAUGGAGUAAUUGGAGAUAAUCUUGGGAAUGGUAUUAGAAAUGGUUUGGAUUAUGGAAUGAACUUCCCAAAUACUUUUUAUGAUCUAGUAUUUGUUUAUUGUGGUCCAGUUAUCAUUUUAAAAGAUAAACAGGAUUUUUCAAAUUCUAAUAAAAAUGAUAAUGAGUUAAUUGAAAAAGAUGAAAAGAAAAUUGAUGAUAAUAAUGAAUCAGAUAAAAAAGUUCCAUUUUUUGUUAUUUCAAAAGGAAGAAAAGAUGAUUCAGAUUUAUAUCAAACUAUAAAUAAAGAUUUAAAUGAAAAUGAUUAUAUUAGCUUUUCAGAGUUUGAUAGAAUAAUAUCGGAAUCAAAUUCAAAUAAUAAAGGCAAUUUGACAUGUUUUUUGGAUUGUAACUACUCAUAUUUGUUUUUAUCAAAUUACACAAAAGGAGAAGAGUAUUCUAAUAUUUAUGAAAAUGCAGGAUUUAAUCAUCAUAGAAUAUCAACAAUGCCACAAUUACAUAAUGAUCAUGUAAAAUUAGUAGAUAUUCAACCUAAGAAAGUAUCUCAGAAAAAAAAAAGACUUUCUGUGAUAAUAUUAGGAUCUUGCUCUUCUCCAAAACAAGUUUCACAAGAAAUUAAAGUAUGUUCAAAUAAUGGGAUAGGAUUAUCAAUAAUAUAUAGGGGACUAUUUUCAUAUUGUGUUCAAACCAUAAUUAGGUAUAAUUUUGCAAAUAUAGUAGAUAUGGGAAAUAGCAAAAUUCAAAUCAUUCCAAGAAUUACUUUAAAAUUUUUAAUUGAGGAGAUUUCAAGAAUUAUGUUUCAUUAUUCAACAAAAAACCAAUUAAAAAAUCAAAUUCCAAUAUUAUUAGCAUCACCUGGAAUUUCAACAAAAGAUCAGAUACUAUUAAACAACUCUAGUAUAAUAAAUUAUGCUAAUAUGGUAGAUUUUGGUAAAGGAUUUUUGAAUAAUAAUGUAAAUAAUGUAAAUAAAGGGGAAUUUAUUGAUACUUUAGAUCAAAAAAACAAUACUAAUACAAGUAAAAAUUUAUCACCUUCUUUAGUUCAUUUUGGUAGUAUAAAUAAGAACAGUAUAUCAUCAUAUAAUACAAUGAAUCCCUCUCAAUUUUCAAUAAAGAAUUUAAAUAUGGGGAAUAAAAGAAUUUAUAAUAAUGGAAUAAUAGAAGGUGGGAAUAGAUUAAUAAAGAACACCUUACAACCAAAUAACAAAGGUAUUUAUAUGCAUCAAAUAGGUGUUUCAGGUGUUAGUCCUAAUUCUAAUCCUAAUUCUAAUUUGAUGCAGGAGAUUAACCAAUUAAGAUCAGAAUUAUGUUAUUUAAAGCAAACUAUCAAUUCUGAAAAUAUUGCUAGAAAUAUUAGCUAUGCUGAAAAUAAUUAUAAUAGAAUGAAUGGAUAUCAAAGUUACUGUCCCGUUCAGAUUUUCAAUUCAGACACUAUUUUUAAAAAAAGUGUGAAACCAUCAUCUAUAAAUCACCAUAGAACUUUUACCUCUAAAUAA